GAGGGCGUGACCCUCGUGUCAGAAGUGACAGGUCGACCACGCCUCAGUGACAGCGGCUUAUAAAGGGACUCGUCGGACAACAACACCGGAUGACGAUUCUGAUGAAGACGGAAGAACUCCGUCGAAACAUGUCAGAGAGGUUAACCACCGUCCUGGUGCUGGCCACACUCAUCGCUGCGUUCGGGUCCUCCUUCCAGUACGGCUACAAUGUGGCCGUCAUCAACUCUCCGUCACAGCACAUGCAGCUGUUUUAUAACGCCACCUACAUGGAGCGCUAUGGCACCCCGAUGGACUCGAACCUGCUCACUCUGCUGUGGUCCCUGUCUGUGUCCAUGUACCCUCUGGGGGGCUUCUUUGGCUCUCUGAUAGUGGCUCCUCUGGUCAACAGGCUGGGCAGGAAAGGCACGCUCCUCUUCAACAACAUCUUCUCCAUCGUCCCCGCUGUGAUGAUGGGGAUCAGUGAGGUUGUUAAGUCUUAUGAGAUCAUCAUCGUAGGCAGAUUCAUCGUGGGCAUCUGUGCAGGUCUCUCAUCCACUGCAGUGCCAAUGUAUCUGGGAGAAAUCUCUCCCAAAAACCUGAGGGGAGCUCUGUGCAUCAUACCGGAGGUCUUCAUCACCAUCGGCAUCGUCAGUGCCAACAUCGUGGGCAUCAGAAACAUACUGGGCAACCCUACAGGCUGGCCCAUCAUGCUGGGCCUGACCGCGGUUCCCGCUGUGAUUCAGCUCCUGCUGCUGCCCUUCUUCCCGGAGAGUCCGAGGUACAUGCUCAUCCAGAAAGGAGACGAGAAGACGGCAACGAAAGCGCUGCAGCGUCUGCGAGGCUGGGACGACGUGGACUCCGAGCUGUCUGAGAUGCGUCUUGAGGAGCAGUCGGAGAAGGACGAAGGUCACCUGAGUGUCCUCAUGCUGCUGGCCCAGCGCUCUCUGCGCUGGCAGCUCAUCUCCAUCAUCGUCCUGAACAUGGGACAGCAGCUGUCCGGCGUCAAUGCGAUCUACUACUACGCAGACAGCCUCUUCACUCUCGCCGGAGUGGAGCCCAACGACAUCCAGUACAUCUCAGUGGGAACCGCGGCCGUCAACGUCGCCGUGACCGUCGGUGCCGUCUUCAUCGUGGAGGCCUCUGGCCGACGGCUGCUGCUCCUCUGUGGUUUUGGGAUCUGCUGUAUAGCCUGCGUGUUGCUCACUGUGGCUCUGAACCUGCAGGACAGCGUGUCGUGGAUGCCUUACUUCAGCAUCGGCUGUGUGAUCGUCUACGUCAUGGGACACGGCAUCGGACCCAGUCCCAUUCCUUACGUGGUGACCACUGAGAUGUUCCGGCAGUCGGCCAGGCCCGCGGCCUUCAUGGUCGCAGGAUCCGUCCACUGGUUGUCCAACUUCGUUGUCGGCCUCGUCUUCCCCUUCUUAGAGGAAGGCCUGGGCCCGUACUGCUUCAUCCUCUUUUCCUUCACCUGCCUGGCCUCUCUGAUCUAUAUCUGGCUGGUGGUGCCGGAGACCAAGAACAAGACCUUCCUGGAGAUCUGCCAGAUGUUCGCUAAGAGGAACAAAGUGGUGAUCAAACUGGGCGACGGCGACUUUCCUCGGAAAAAGAGCAAAGAAAGUGUGAAGAAUGUCAUCCAUGUCACGUCUUUCUGAGGGGGAAAUAAGAGGAAGUCGCGACUGCAGUGAAGAGUGGGAGGGCUUUAUUGGACUGAAACAUUUUAAUUCAUGCUGCAGUUUUUAUCCUCCUUGUAUUUAUUGUCCUAAGCUUUACUUCUUAUUGUCUCAUGCUAGCUGUUUCCAAAGCUGUCCGUCCCUGGGAGAAGGAUCCCUCCAU